CCUACCGUCCGUCAAGUCAAUGCCAUCCAUGUGUAUCCUAUUUAUCCCCCGGGUGUGUGUGUAUGUUAACGCAGGCCAGCACUGACUGUCUGAAAAGGCAGUCAGUCAGUCAGAGCACUCACUGAUCCAACUUGGUAUUUUUGCCCGCUGUCCGUGCCGUGCCGUGCCGUGCCGUGCGUGUGUGUCAGACACACUAGUGAGUGGCUUUUUUAAGAAGGGUUUGCGACCUCGGUUGAUUGAAACAAGUCAGUCAGUCAGUCCACAGACACCUCACGGACAGCUGUAUGACACGGAUGGCUGCGCGUGUGUGGGUGUGUUUAUGCGGUCGUCACGUUGCACCACGGUCUGUCUGGUGCGUUGUAGCAGGCCAGGUCGGGGGGCUUGCUGUUGAAUAUGACAGUGCUGCCCUCUGUGGUCCCCAAGUUCUGCACACACACACCAAACGCACACAGCACAGCACAGACAGCACAGAGAGAGGGGCAGAAGGCAGUGUCUUUUUCACAUGGCGAAGACGUCGAUGCAUGGAUAUGUGUGUGCCGUGUGUGUGUGGAUCAAUCAAUCAAUCAUUACACCCCACCCCACCCUACCUGCAACCAUAUGUACGUCAUGAGCCCUCUUGACGUCAAAUCCACCUGAAUGAAGACACACAACCAGACCAGACCCCACAUUUCACAGCCAGUCAGCUUCCCUCCUCCUUGGCCCAUGCACGCAAGAGACACGCAUUGAUGCUGCCGCCUCUGUAUACGUACGUACGUUGUCUUUGAGUGUGGUGUAGCUCGUAAUUUCUGCCGAGAUCUGCGAGACGAAUACGUUGCGUUCCGUGGCGAGGGACUGCUCGAUGGCAUUGACCUGUCCCUCCUUCUUGUUGAGCUCCGUCCUGGCGUCCUCGUCGGCCCUGUUCCUGGUGUUCUCGGCUGCCUGCUGCGCAUCCUUCCUGCACCCAUACACACAUACAUACAUACAUGGACACGUCUGUGUGUCUGUCUAUCUUCCCUCCCUCCCUCCCUCCCUCCCUGGCUCCCUGCCUCCUUGCCCUUGCACAGGGUCACUCUCACUUGUCGAAAUCCGCUUGAAUAGCGAGCAGUCGAGCCUUUGAUUGUAAUGUCGACCGACCAGGCCAGGCAGUACAAAGAAAAGCGGCCAAGCCGAGAAAGAAGGUGUGUCCUUUGAUCCAGACUGCUGGCUGGUGAUACAUACAUACAGUAAGUACCUGCUCUGUCUCGUCGAGUGCGGCGUCGAAUUUCUCGGGCAGCGUGACGCUGAGGAGCUGCAGCUGGUUGACCCGGGCGUGGUGCUUGUCCAGACUGGCCCCCAGCUGCCGCGUCAUCUCCUGCUGGACGAAGGUGCGAUUGAGGAAGAUGUCGUAGGCGUCAUACUGUGAGGCCACGUCACGCAACACGUCCCGGGACACCCUGGCGUAGAUACCUGCCAUGCCACGCCACGCCACGCCACCAUCAUGGAUGAUAGGAUGCAAUGGAUGCAUCAAUGGAAGUCUGGAUGGAUGGAUGGAUGGCAUGGUCGCGACAGUGCGGAGCGGACGUGUUAGCUAGUUGUGUUGCAUACCCUCGUAGUUCUCCCCAAAGUCAUAGUAGAGGGCGAGUACCUCCGGUAGGACAUCUUUCAGCCUACAGGCAGGCAGGCAGAUUGAACAGCAUGCAUUCGCAUGCACGUUGUUCUGUUUGUUCCUUGCUUCCGUCCUUCCUGUGCAAGUACUGGUAUUGGUAAGUGAUGCCCAGGACAACGCGCAGACCGUCCUUGGUGCGGCAGGGCAGAUGGUUUUUGCCGGUCAGGCUCACUGUCCGCUGCUCCUUCGGGAACCUGAACUCACUCAGUGCACCAGGCAUUGCAGCCACCCCACCACCCAUAGCCAUUCAUAUGGUGGGUCCGUCACGGCCGUGUUCCCUCACUGACUUGAUGAAUCUGUGUCCGGGUCCUAUCAUGUGCCUGCCAUUCAUCCACAGCUUGUCCUCGUUGAUCUUGACGCUCACCCCGUCAUACCGCAGGCCCAUCUCGGUCUGACCCAGCGUUGAAAAGGAUACGCCAAUGAGCGUGGCAAUUGUUAUAACGAUGCAUAACACACAGCAACCCGAGCAUAUGAGCACUGCUUUGCUCGCCAUGGUGCCCGCGCU